GACUAUUCUCGACUUUACGUAUGCUUUCUCUUCUCGCGGUCAGCCGGUUUUUGUUUUUUACAAUUAAUAAUUCCGUCAACUGCUGUUGUCAUCACGUCAUGGGUAUCACUUUGGAUGGAAAACGAGACGUCCUUCCAGGAUAUGAUUUCCAUCAUAUUAACCAUUACAUUUUUACUCUUUUCAUAUAAUGAGGUAAUGCCACGGGUUAGCUAUAUCAAAGCAAUGGAUGUUUAUCUUGGUGUCUGUUUUUGCAUAGUUUUUUGCUCACUUAUUAAACUGGCCAUGGUUAAGUAUAUGCGGCAACGGCUGGUAUUAUCGAGGUAAAU